UACUCAUAUUCAUUUUCAUCUUGCUGCUUAGUGCAGCAAAAAAUUAAAAAUAAAAUAAAAUACAAAUAAUGGAAGUGGCAAGUUCUUCUUCUGCUGCGAAAAUAAUAGAGAUCGCCGACGAUAACGAUGAUAACGACGACGUUUUAGUAAUAUUUGAAACCUCAAAAGCUUCGAAGAACAAAGGCAAAAAGCUUACUGAUAUUAUUUCAGUAGAAGAAAACUUGUAUUCAAAACCUAGCUCUAGUGGAACAAAAAAGGUGAUGAUUGAUCUUUCUGAAGAAUACCCAGAUGAUGAUAUUCAGUUUUUGGGUACCCAAUUUGUACAAAAUUCAAAUUCAAUUCUCAUAGAUGAUGAUGAUGAUGAUCAUGAUAAUUUCACUUGUGAUAUUUGUGUUGAUGAAAAAUCUCUGAGUGAAGUUUUCAAAAUUAUGGGUUGUUCUCAUUCUUAUUGCAAUGAAUGUAUGGCUAAGUAUGUUGGUUCGAAAAUCCAUGAAAAUAUUUCCCGUAUUUCUUGUCCUGUUUUUGGGUGUAAUGGACAAUUAGAGCCAUAUAAUUGUCGUUCAAUUUUGCCUAAACAAGUGUUUGAUAGAUGGGGAGAUGUGUUAUGUGAGGCAAUGAUUUUGGGUUCUGAGAAAUUUUAUUGUCCGUUUAAAGACUGUUCUGCCCUUUUGAUUAUUGAAAAUAGUACUAGUAGUAGUAGUGGGGAUUUUGUUGUCACUCAAAGUGAAUGUCCAGAAUGUAGAAGGUUGUUUUGUGCGAAGUGUAAAGUUGCUUGGCAUUGUGGGAUUUUGUGUGAAGAGUUUCAGAAAUUGAAUAAGGAUGAAAGGGAAAGAGAGGAUUUGCAGCUUAUGCAACUUGCUAAGGGUCAAGAAUGGCAAAGAUGCCCGAGGUGUCGGAUAUACAUCGCGAGGUCCCAUGGUUGUGCCCAAAUGCGAUGCAGGUGCGGAUGUGACUUUUGUUACAGAUGUGGAGCGGAGUCAUCUAAUCACUACUGCAAACGCUGUGGUACUUAGCAACGUAAACUGGACAGAUUGUAGACAUCUCCAGGGAGGCAAAAACUGCAAAUGCGCGAUUUCUUCUUUUGAUUUUUGCUUAAAUUGUUGGAUGUAGAUUUUCAAAUUUUGGCUUACGAGAUAACUAAAGAAAUAGUUGAAAUCUCAACAUAGAAAUGACUGUCUUCUAAUUGUUUGAUCUUAAAUUCUGCUUGUUACCUUUUGUUUGAAUGUUGUUUAUAAAUUUGGUAGCUUCUUACCUAAAUAUACUACAACUA